AUGAACCAAAUGGGCGGUCCUGUUGGCGGCGCUCCUAUGCCCAUGAUGAAUAAUGGCGCCGUCAACCCUCAGGCUGCCGCCCAGGCUGCUGCCGCCGCCGCUGCCCGACAGCAGCAGAUGAACGACAGCCAGCGCGGUGUGCUCAACACGUACAUCUACGAGUACUUUAUUCGAUACGGCAUGUACGACUGCGCUCGCUCCCUCCUCAGCAGCGAUCAACAGGUCAACGUCCUCAAGGAAGGCGCGAACCGUCGUCGCGACGAGAACGGCAACGUAAUCAAUGGCGCCGGCGACGAUCCCAUGGAUACCGAUUCCAAGGACGAUAUUGACGCCAAGUUACCCGACGGUCUCCCUCCUCCCAAGCUACCCAUGCCUGCCUCCGACACCUCCUUCCUCUACGAGUGGUUCUGUCUGUUCUGGGACAUUUACAACGCGCAACGCGCCAAGGGCGGCAACGGCAACGUCAACCAAUAUGUGGCACACACCCAGCAACAAUCUCGAAUGAAACAGAACCAGCAACAGGAACUCUUGCGCCAGAUGCGGCCCGAGAUGACUCCACAGCAAUUCCAAAUGAUGCGUAACAUGCAAAAUGGCGGCAUGGCCAUGAACAUGAAGCAGGGCAACCUCGCUCGCGCCGCUAUGGCCAAUAACCAGAACAAUCCCCAGAUGCAAAUGCUCCAACAGCAGGCCAAGCAAAACCAGAUGCAGAGGGAUCCCUCUGGCAUGGACGCCAACCGCGAAAGACCCUCCUCCCCCGCCUCCGGCGAGAACGCCCCUUCACCUUCCAAACGACAACGCAUUGACGGUGCUCCCUUCAACCCCAACCAGCCCGGUGGUAUGAUGCCCAACGGCCGCCCGGUUCAGGGCAUGCCUGGUCAACAGAUGCCUGGUGGCGGUACCGCCGCCGCUCACCAGAUGCUCGCCGCCAGCGGCAUCAACCCGAACAAUCUGAACCCCCAGCAGUUCCAGAACUUUGCCAACGCCCCGCCAGCCGCUCAGCAGAAGUCCAUCGCAACAUACGCUCAGAAUCUCCAGCAGCACCACGGGAACCAGAUGGGGAACAAGCAGAUGCCUGGUGCAGGUGGUCCUCAGGGCCAGGGAUCUCCGAUGCUCCCUCAAGGUCCGGAUGGCACUACCUUAAGCGCUUUCUACAACCCCAACGAAAUGGGUGGUCCCGGUGGCAUCCGGCCAGGACCCGGGGGCCCUCAGGCCGCCGGUAGCAGCAACCACGCGCUCCAGGACUACCAGAUGCAGCUGAUGCUCCUUGAGCAACAAAACAAGAAACGACUCAUGAUGGCCCGUCAAGAACAAGACACUAUCGGCGGUGCACCUGGUGGUCCUGGUGGUCCCCCUGGGCCCAACGGACAGCCAUUCCCUGACGCCUCCCCUCAGGCCAUGCGAACAGGUGCUUCCCCUAACCCUGCAGAUCAGAUGAAGCGCGGCACCCCCCAGAUGAACAAUGCUGGUAUUCCUUCGCCAGUCCCCGAGGGCGGCCAGUCCCGUGGCUCUCCCAACCCCGCCAUGAACUUCAUGGGCAACCAUGUUGAUCCCAACAUGGGUCCUCACUUCUUCAAGGGCAUGGAUGGUAACAUGGCUACCCAACAACAGAUGAACGGCAUGAGGCCUCCUAGCUCGCACCCUGGCCAGCCAUUCAACGGACAGAUGAACCCGCAGCAGAUGAUGGCUGCUCGACAGCAGCAGGCACAGCAGCAGGCAGCACAGCAGCAGCAGCAGCAGGGCCAGCCAGGGCAGCAGCCCCAGGGUCAAGGUACCCCUCAGCAAUGGCAACCUGGACCUAACGGACAGAUGAUGCCCCAGGGUAUGCAACAGCAAAGUCCGCAGAUUCAGGGAACGCCACAGCAGCGAUCUAUGCCACCCCCCUCGGCUCCUGCUGCCGCCGGCAAUGCGAACAACCGGACAACUGCAUCUCCCCAACAAGCUGCAGCAGCUCCUCCUACGCCUAACCAGGGCAACAAGCCGGCCCCCAAGAAGAAGGAGAGCAAGAGCGCCAAGGACAAGCGCGCCGCCUCCCAGAAGAAGUCUAAUCAGAAUCUUAACAACGCGGGAGCGACCCCUGCUGGCGAGAACAGCGGCGAGCAAGACACGCCUGCACCUGCGACACCUAUUACCCCGGCCACUGCAAACUUCAAGAAUGGCCAGAACGCCAACGCUGGUCAGAACGGACAACUCACCAGUGGUCCCGCUGCUGCUCCGGCCCCUGCAGCUGUGGCCACGGUCACCACCGCUCCUCCCGUCCCUGCAGUUGCGCCUCAGGGUCAUGGAGACCCCAACCAAAACGGAAGCCUUAUGGACAACUUUGUGCUAACUAUACCUUUGCAGGACUUUGGAACCAUGGAAUUGGCUAACCCCUUGCAAUCGGGCGAUGUGCUCAACGACUUUGACUUUGACUCGUUCCUCCACGAUGGUGAUGCGGAUAACCAGCCGUUUGAUUUCAACGGGGCGUUCUCUGGGAUUGAGAGCGGCGAGAUUGGGGCAGAGUGA